AUGCAGCAUGAAAGCUCUAUUGUUGAGUUUACUUCCAUUUCGAGUGAAGAGAUUCGAAGGUCGGCUCCACCAGAAGACGACGGCGGAUUCCUCUCGACCAGCUUCGAUUGGAUUUACUGGAACAUUCUUGUUGACGCUGUUUCCGAGGCAAUCUUUUUCGAUUCCGCUGGUCAAGAGGACUCAGAUUGCCUCGGAAACAGCGUCAGCAUGAAUCUUCCAGUAAAGCCAAUCGACAGCUGGUCAAGAGGAAUCUGCGAUUGCCUCGGAAACAGCGUCAGCAUGAAUCUUCCAGUAAAGCCAAUCGACAGCUGGUCAAGAGGAAUCCACCGUUGCCUCGGAAACAGCGUCAGCAUGAAUCUUCCA